CAGUACAGCUCUUAAGGGAGUGGACGCACACACGACACGUAUCCAUACCUAAGGGAGCGGUCUGAUUGAAAAUGGCAGCAGCCACUUUGAGUCCUCAUUCACUCAUACGUGGUGAGUUGGAUGUAAAGGAACGGAAACCAGAUGAGCUGAUGGCAGACCUGGCUAUACCUGGCUAUACCUGGAUAUACCUGAGUGUACCAGACUCUACCAGGCCGGGCAGAAAUGCUACCACCUCAAUUGAAAGAGCUGGCAAGUCCACAGCCCCAAGACGAGGCCAAGAUAGCAGACGACCAGAUCACACACAGCAGCAAGGAGGAGACCUAGGCACGCAUGAGGGGACCCCUCCUCCAGGGAAGGGUAAUGUUAAUACUGCAACAGGCGUUUCCUUCAAGCUCCCGCGCGUCCUCCUGACAAACUCACGUUCCCUCCAUAAUAAGGUGGAAGACCUGAGAGAUCGCAUUGAGGAGUUCCAGAGCCCUGACCUCAUCUGCCUCACUGAGACCUGGCUGAAAGAUAAUUCCUCUGUUGUUAAUGAAGAAGGGUAUGAUGAGAUCCAUUAUCGUCGUAAUCAAGAGAAGACAGCAAAGACACGUGGAGGAGGCCUAGGUGUUUUAAUAAAAAACGGUGUCAACGUGUCAAUUGAAGAUGAGGAGCAAACCCCAAACUAUCAAUUAUUCACCUUUUCAUAUGAAGCAAAUAACCAGCGUCCGUUUUACUUCAUUCUGUUGUACAUCCAACCAGGAGCAAAGAAAGAAACCACAAAAGAGGACAUUGAACGAUACUACCGCGAAGGUCUUAACUGGUCGAACAGAGGCCCUGUCUUCAUCCUGGGUGAUUUCAACUGGUAUGAGUUUGAGAAGGGUACAUUAGAUGUGUAUCAGUAUGUGACCUGCCCCACUAGAAUAAACAAGCUCCCGAAUAAAAGAAAAGAAUUCACGAUCCUGGACAAGUGCUAUGGCAACAUCCCAGAGGCCUACAGUUCCCAGUGCAGACCCCCACUGCGUUCCACAGACAACACAGAAUCCGACCACAACGUCAUUUUGUUGAUUCCCGAACGGACAGCAUGUUCACAUUCCCAAUGUGAAACAUCAGGACACCUUUGUGACAUCUGUGAACGAGUGUGUGGCUCACGCAUUGGCCUCCACAGCCACAAACAACGGCACCAACGUCAACAGCGUAGCGUGGAGGAGCAACUGUCGUCAAUGGGCCAUCUUUCUUUGUCGGAAUGAGAGUGAAAAGUGAGAAGACACCCGACUCCAUAUAUGAGGCCAAAGAGUCUGAGGAUCAGUCAUCAGGCCUACAGAUGACACGACUACCGACAGCUAUUUGUAAUGCCUGAUGAGCUACAUUUAUUCAAUACUAUACGUUCAAUAGGAAGGAUGUAGAGCUAUCUGAAAACUCAAAGCAGUAUCUUACAGCUUCUGUAACAGUUUCGUAUAUCUCAUAUACUGAACCAUGAUCUCUUUUCAGUGUUUUAAAGAGUGUGAUAGGUACUGUAAUAGCAGUGAAUUAUGAAAAAAAAAAAUCAAAGAACAGUGGAGGAUUGUGUGACUGAGGAAGCUUUGUGUCUUACUGUUUCUAACAUUAUUAAUCGUGCUUGAGGCGGAUGAUGCUCAUCAGUCUUGAUAUUUAUUCUAGCAUGAAGUUGUGUGUGUGUCUUAUAGACUAUAGGCUAUAGUUUCAUUUUGCAUAUACAGUACGUGUAAGUACCAAGUUAAUCACAAAUGAAGUGUGUGUGGUUGUUAUAACCAGGUGUACUGAUAACAACAUACCUGUACACAUAAAAAGUAAAUUGAGCUUGUUUGUCUAGGGGGUUUAUUUAACAAUAGCAUCAUAACAAAAAAGAGUAUUUUCUGGCUUCUGUACCAGUUUCAUACAUAUACUGUAUCUCAUAUACACUCUGAACCAUGAUCUCUUUUCUGUGACUUAAAGAUAGAGUAAUAGUUAAUAGCAGUAAACAGUGAAAGAAAAACAUCCAUAAUCAAAGAAAGGUGCAGGAUUGUGUGACUAAGACAUCUCUGUGUCUUUAUUGUUUCUAACAUACAAUUAGUAAUCAUGCUUGUGGUGGAUGCUCAUCAUCAGUCUUGAUAUUUAUUCUAUAUUAUAUCAAUCUUGAAGUUGUGUAUAACUAUUUGCUAGUAUCAUUUUGAAUUUCAUUGAAGUAUCACAAAUGAAGUGAAGGGCCAGAGGUUUAAUCAGUUUAAUGAUUGUGUUAACCAAAAUGUUUUUGUUAUGUUUCUGGUUGUCUUGAAACAGUAAACUUCGCCAAAACUAAACCCAAGUCAUUGGUUAGGCCUAUCUGUCAAGAAACUGUCGAGUUAUCUUAAACUGUUUAUGUUGGUUAAUAUAGCCUAGUUAGAAUGGUUAAUUUUUCAACUGAGUAAAAUUGGUUGAAAAUGUAACCAAUCUAUUAAACCAAUAUGUUAGUCAGACACAUAUUACACAAUCUAAUGGUUAAAACAACCUAGUUAGACUUGUUUCAGUGAAUUCAACUAAUCUGUUUUUAGAGUGUUGUCUAGGGUGUAUUUUCUAAAAUUUUAUAAUCAACCAUUUCGUACCAUAUUGUUUCUAUAGAUGACUUAUUAUCUGAAAUGUCUGUGGCAUGAAUUACCUUCUGUAUACAUUGAUGUAAUUUAAGAUCAUUCAGAACCAAUAAACAGGAAAGUGGAA